AAACUUUAUCUUUAAAUACUGCAGCUGAUUUGUUUUUCUUUCGUUUUCCCGAUAAAGAAAGUUACGGAAAAAGAAACUAUCUGUCAAGCCAGCAUAAUUAUCAGGCGAGCGAACCUGAAAGUUCAUUUCGUUUUGUUGUCAGGUUAGAUGGAUUUUGCCCUCUAUGAAUCGAAUACCUCGAAUUUUCACUCAUAGGGAGAAAACCGCCGCCGACAGGGCCAUGGACCCGAGGAAGAAGAGGCGGAAACCUCGGCUCGAACGGCGCAAUGCGGCCAAGAACUUUGAGUACGAUGCCUCGUCGUCGUCGUCAUCUCUCGAUUAUUCGUCAUCUUCAGCUUCGCUAAUCACGCGAUCGCUCGACUCAUCGGAUCGGACGAGCUUCCGUAUCGAAGGGGUAGAUGGAGAGUUCGAGCGGAUUUGUCUGAGCUUAGGCUUGUCCGGUCCCGAAGAUUUUGCGAUCCCAGUGGCGGCGUGGGAAUCGAGAAAAAUCAGGUCGUCUUCGGAUCUUUUACCGAGGUCAAGAUUGAACCAGUUGGAGAGUCCGAAGGAAACGGAGGAAAUACAGAGUGAAGCGGUUAUGGUCAGUGAGUUAAGUGAUAGGGUUUUGGAUAGUGUUAGAGUUAGCGACACAGCUGUGUUGACACGGAAUGAGUCGGCUGAGUUAAGAGCUUUGCCAGCUGAAUGUCCUUGUGAUACUGGCGAUGGUGUAAUUAAGAAGAGCACUCACUUGACUCGGAACGAGUUGGCCGAGUCAAGUCCGCACUGUAAUGUUAACCGUAAUAAUCAUUCUGGAGGAAUCAAAGGGGUCAGGCCGCCGUUAUUGAAACCGCCGCCGGCAAUGACUUUACCGGUGAUUGAUGACGCGUGUUCGACGUGGGACAUCUUGAAAGCUUUUUCACCUGAAGAUGAUAUAAUGCAUCCAGUUUUGGAUGGUAGCGCUUUUAGUUCAUCUGACGAAGAAGUUGAGGAAGAACACAAAGGAAAAGUUGAGAGGGGAAUUGUUAAGAGAGAAGAGGAGAUUGUGUUGUCAGAAACUUGUUCAUUCACGACUUCGAAUGAUGAUGAUUCUUCAAGUACUACUACUGAGCCCACAAAUAUUUCCCCCAAUGGGAGGUUUAGAAGGGCUAUAUCCUAUUGGGAGAAAGGCGAGCUUCUGGGACGUGGGACGUUUGGAUCGGUGUACGAAGGGAUUUCUGACGAUGGAUUCUUUUUUGCUGUUAAGGAAGUUUCAUUACUUGAUCAAGGAAGCCUGGGAAAGCAAAGCAUUUACCAACUUGAGCAGGAAAUAGCUCUUUUAAGUAAGUUCGAACAUGAAAACAUCGUUCAGUAUUAUGGCACAGAUAAGGAUGAAUCAAAACUAUAUAUAUUUCUUGAGCUUGUAACUAAAGGUUCCCUGUUAAAUCUCUAUAUGAGGUAUCAUCUUCGAGAUUCCCAAGUCUCUGCUUAUACAAGACAGAUUCUGCAUGGUUUGAAGUAUCUCCACGACCAAGGUGUGGUUCACAGGGAUAUUAAAUGUGCAAAUAUAUUGGUUGAUGCAAGUGGUCAUGUGAAACUUGCUGAUUUUGGAUUGGCAAAGGCCACCAAAUUGAAUGAUGUUAAAUCUUGCAAGGGAACUGCAUUCUGGAUGGCCCCUGAGGUUGUUAAUAAUAAGAACCAAGGAUACGGACUUCCGGCUGAUAUAUGGAGCCUUGGGUGCACUGUGUUGGAGAUGUUAACCCGUCAGCUUCCAUAUUAUCCUUUAGAAUGUAUGCCAGCAUUGUUUAGGAUUGGGAAAGGUUUACCACCCCCUAUUCCUGAUAGUCUCUCAAAAGAUGCACGGCAUUUUGUCUCCCAAUGCCUAAAAGUUAACCCCAACAAUCGAGCUACUGCUGCACAGCUACUAGAUCAUCCAUUUGUGAAGAGACCACUUUCCACAUCCUCAGGCUCAGCAUCUCCUUUUUUAGUCAGGCGGCAUUGAAAAAUUGAAAGUUGGCGAGGUAUUUAUCACUUCUGGUUUUUCAGUACUGUCCUAUGUCUGUCCUCUCGUUGACAGUGGAAAUUAAAGAAACCACAGUUGAUGUGAAUCCUUGCAUGUUUUCUUGGGGGUGCACAGAAACCAGAAGGAGUUGUGCAUAUUUUUUAACUCUGUAAAAUCGAUAUAUGAUGUAACUGUGAUGAUGAUAAAUGUGUGACAUUUAUGAAUUAAGGGGGCCACUGGGUAAUAUCAAUCUUGGGCCAGGAUUCUCAAAGUAAUUUUAACAGUCUGCUUGAUUGGGCCACAACUUUUAACGGUAUCUCAGAUUAUUGACCUUUGCACUCACUCAAAUUAUUGUUUACGUCUUGAAGACAUCUUUUAAAAUUGUGAAGUAAGCACGCCCUUGCAUCCUCAAGUUAUUUGGUCUGUGUAGAAGCAAAGGCUGCUGAAUUCUCAAGUGUUCUAUGGGAUCUGGGCAUGAGUCUCCCUUUCUACGUGAGAAACCUGCCCUUUAAUUUUUCUGUUGUAUUUAUCAGCUGCUGUGGACAAUGUGUUCGGGCGCCCCAUGUUCACUGUAUUAAGCCCUUUGUAAUUUAUUUAAUUUCUUUAUUGAAAUUAAAGUUUGUAUUGUGAUUGUAUUUGAUUAACUUAUUUUUUUCAAUUGUCUGUAGUCUCGGAAAGAUGUUCAAAUAGCUCUUCCAUUUGCUUCCA